GGACUCCCUCACACACGCCAACUGACUUUUCCGAGUUAGUGUAACAAGUUCCGAGUUAGUGUAACAAGUUCCGAGUUAGUGUAACAAUGCCAGGUUUAGCCAUGUUACUGUUCUUGGUUGUGGUGUUGGUGGAGGGGGUUGGUAGUGUGGAUCUGAUGAGCUACUCCUGCAUGAAUACCACCUCUACUUUUGAUAAUGUAACCCUCCAUAUUCAUAACGAGUUCAGGGCUUAUCAUGAUAACACAAGCGAUCUAUGUAUCAAUCAGGAACUGAAAGAUUCGGCAGAAACUUACGCAAAUACCCUGGCUGAACUAGACUCUCAGGCAACAGACAUAAGCUAUUUCCAACAUGAUCCCACUAAUAUGCUAGAAGGAGAGAACCUGUGUAGAGUGAACAAGAAAAUGCUGCUACAUCAGGGAGCAGCACACUGCGUGGAGAAGUGCACUAACGCCUGGUACUCGGACGAGGAGCCACUCUUUAACUACAUGUUCAAGGAGGAGCAGUUCAACCCUACUGAAACUGUGGGUCACUUUACAGCACUAGUGUGGAGAGAAACAACAGCUGUGGGAUGUGCUGUGGCACAGGGGGCACAUGGUGCAUAUGUAGUCUGCAGAUACUAUCCACCUGGUAACGUGCUAUAUGAAUAUGAAACCAACAUCGGUAACAAAAUCAGUGACGAAGCUGAUGAUGACAAGUGACAACCCCCUCUUACAACCCCCUCUUACAUACCCCUCUCUCGACUCUCUUUACAAUUACUACUCACGUUUUGUGUACCCCCGCAGUAACACUAACCAUCUUUUACUGAUAUCUAUUUAAUAUUUUAACAUUUACGUCACUACCUCACAA